AUGCUUCAGCUCCGGUCUUGCUGGCGCGUGCUGGCCGCCGUGCCAUCGCGCCGUGCCAUGCAUGCCAUGGCCGCGGCGCAUGCUGAGGCAACCACCGACCCCGAGGAGGGAUCCUCCACGCAUUCGCAGGGGCACACCAAUCGCCAUGCCUCGACCCCUCGCGAGGCUGACGCCCCGGCACACGCCCCCGACGGUGCCCCGCUGGCCGAUGCGCUUGCCACCCCGCACGCCGGUGUGGCCAACACCACAUCCAGUGCCCCACCCACGGUGGCAGCAACGGCAGUGGCCGCGGCGGCGGCGGCGGCGGCGGCAACGGCCGCGGCGGCGACACCGGGCCCGGCCCCGGCUCCCCGAGAACUGCGCGCAAUGUACGGGUGCUCUUCCGGCCUGGUCGAGCCGCUGCCUUGCCUGUUCCCGUUCUCGCCUCGCCCCCAAUCCAAGGCCCACUUGCAGUCCUUUGUGGCUAAACUGGGCUUGCUCAGCCCCCUCGAGGCUCAGGUGGGCCACGGCCCGCAUGCCUAUGGGAUCCUGGCGGCCCGACUCCAGGCGGCCCAAGAGUCCGGCGUCAACAUCGACCCUCUGGCCCUAUCCCCGAGGGGGACCUACACUUUCAGCAGGGUGCCCUCAGAGAAUGCCACCUUCCUCGCCCUGUCCGCCCUGAUGAUGGCCUACGGCUUGUGGACUCCGCCCCGGCUCGAGGACUUCGAGCAAACCCUGCUGGAUGUGGACGAGCGCCUGAGACGCCAGUACCAGAACGUCGUCAAAAGAUUCCGCGAGACUGGCGUGCUCACCCGCAAACUCAUCGGGCUAGUUUCCGCCUGUCAGCUCAUGCAUACCUUCCUGUUUGUCUCCCCGUCCCUGAGCAAGCGAAAGACCUUUUUCUCCGAAGCCGCCCACCUGGCUAACUUUCGGUUUUGGAUGGACGAGUAUAAUGAUCGAAUGACGAUGCUUUCGAAAGAUAAAUUUGCCUUCAAACGUUGGGCUGCGCAAGCCACUCCGCUGCCAGGCGUGCGAGUGGUAGCCAGGAGCCCCAGCAUCAUUGCCUGGCAGGGGAUGAUGAGAUAUAUCCUCCAAGUCCCGGCCGACGAAGUGAUUCCCGACGUCCACGGACCGCCAUACCCGAUGUAUGGCCGCCCGAAGGGCAGCCGAACGGUAUGGAUCACCUCUCCACACCAGGCCAGGUACUUCGAGAAUAUGCUCCGGCAGUCGGUCGGCGUGUCGAGCCUCGACACGGAGGCCUUCCCGCGGGGGAAUCUAUUUCAGUUUUCCGAUUGCCCCAAGACCGGGCGGCCGAAUACCUGGCCGGACUUGGUGCAGGUGUGCCUGACCCCGGUGAAGCCGAACACCAUGGACUCCCUGGCCGGCAUCGAUGCGGCCCUCAAUCAGUCGAUCAUCUUCCUGAUGGACACCAUCCGCCACCUGGACCUGGCCAAGCGCUGCCUCGGGGAGUACCUCCGCGCGGCCGGGCCGGCCAGGCGCUGGACCAACUUGGUGUACGCUCGGUCCAGUGAUGUGCCCCCGACGGCCGCGCUGGCCGGCUUGGCCGGCAAGGAGCUUGUGCCCUUCGUGGACUUGUCAACUCGGCCGAAACCCCCGCCCACCUAUCCUAGCAAGCCGAGCUACGCGCAGGGCGGCCAGCCGGCCACCAUCCCGCCGGAAUAUGACCGCCACCCCCAUCAGGUCCCCUGCCCGCCGGGGGAUCAGUCCUUGCACAAUCCCCACCUCAAGAUCUCCAACAUCCGCGGCCUCAAAGCCACGGUCGUCCAUUGCUUCGGUCUGCGGCUCGAUGACACCUGGACCAUGGGCAAUUGGUCUGCCGGCCGGGAAAAGCUCCCCGUGGCCCAGGUUAAUUAUGCCGUCAACGAUGCCGUUGUCCUGGUGGAGCUCUUCCUCCGGUAUCGGUUUUACGCCCGCCGGCAGGCUGCCCUCCGGGCCAUGGACACGGCCUGGGGGCUGAGCCCGAAUCGAGACUGUGGCCAGGCCCCCGCCUCGACUUGGAUCCAGCCCCGAGGCUGGCGAUUGCUGCCUCCCCUUUCCCCCCGGUCGCCCGUGUCCUGGGGCUGGCGCCUGCCUGUGCCAUCGCAGCGCGCGCUGGCCCGGCCGGGCUCCAUCAUCAUCUAGUCUUUUCCAUUUUCCCCCCCCCUGAAAGUAGAAACUCCCCCCAUCG